AUGGGAAGCAGCACCGGCGGCAGCAAUGACGUCGAAGCUGGAUUCGCCGAAUUGCAAGGCGAAGACUUUGAGUACUAUAUGCAAACCUACUCCAUCGGUAUGAACAUCUCUCGCCACCAUGCCUGUAUCUUUUACGACUUCCAACGCCGGCGUUUUGCCCUUGAAGUUCUAGGAAAGAAUGGGUGUUUCAUGGAAGGCGUGCUUCAUCUUCUCGGUAACCCUCCGGUUAAGCUCGAUUCGCAAGACCUUCUCCAGAUCGGAGACAAGGAAUUUAAUUUCUUCUUGUCGGUGAGGAGUAUUCUUGGUGGCCCAAUUGGUCCUAGGCAUCACGUUGGUGUCAACGUGAAUUAUCCUCCUGUUGUUGCUGGUGGCUCUUCGGCGACGCCUGUCCCUCAUCAUGGUCAGCAAAAUUCUGGAUUGCUGGAGGCGGCGGAUUUGACAGCGGAGUAG